AUGGUGAGAAAACUCAAGCAUCAUGAGCAGAAGUUGCUCAAAAAGGUUGACUUCCUCAACUGGAAGCAGGACCAGGGCCACAGAGAUACCACCGUCAUGGCCACUUAUAAUAUUACAAACAGAGAAGACUACCACAAGUACAAUAAGAUCUGUGGUGAAAUCAGAAAACUAGCACAUAAGCUUUCGUUACUCCAACCCACAGAUCCGUUCAGAAUAAAACACGAGCAGCUCUUGCUUGAAAAAUUGUACAAUAUGGGCAUUCUUGCCACAAAGUCCAAGAUUUCUGAUCUCGAAAAUAAGGUCACCGUCAGUGCCUUUUGCAGAAGACGUAUAGGUGUGGUGAUGUGUCGUCUUCGAAUGGCUCAAAAUAUGAAGGACGCUAACGCAUUCGUGGAACAGGGGCAUGUUAGAGUUGGCCCCAAUGUCAUUACAGACCCAGCAUACUUGGUUACAAGGAACUUGGAGGACUACCUAACGUGGGUCGACAGCUCCAAGAUCAAAAAGAACCUCCUCAAGUACAAAAAUAAGAUUGACGAUUACGAUUUGGCCUAG